UUAAAUAAAAAUAAAAACAGCUGGUGACAUGGUGAAGUGGAAGACUCAGAUGUUGUGGAGUUAUAUUUACAGUAGAUCUUCUCUGUUUUGGAUUUUGAGAUCGGUACACUAUAAAAAAAAUAUUCUGGGGUGAAUUGAAAUCUACAAAAAAAAACAUACUUAAUUUAAAAAAAGAGUUCAAGUAAUUUCAGUGAUUUGUACAUUUAAAAAGAAUGUAUAUUUUAUUAGGAUUACCAAAGAGAUAGAACAUUUAGUGAUCUAAUUUUAAUACAUGUGAGUACAUUUUAAUAAGAAUAAUAUUUCUCUUAAUUGAAUCAUUUAAGUUCUUGCAACAACUUGCCGGUAAUUCAACAUUUUUUAUGACAGAAGAAAAUGAAUCAUCAAACAAUACUUGCAUCUCUACUUCCAGCUACUGCUUGUCAAUUGAGCAUUGAGAUCAACAAUGCCUGUCAAAGUGGUUUAAAAUGGCAAAUUAUCAAAUACAUUAAACAAUGUUAAACAUUACAUUUUUUUGAAACACUAAUUCUGUCUGUUGUGUUUUACUAAAUAUUUGUGUGAGAUCAACUCAUAUUUAAUCAGAUUAUCAGGGAAUACAACACAUUUUUUAUGGCUAUUAUUAAUUCCCUGGAUUUACUUUAUUUGUGUAAAUCCAAACAAUUUAUUUAAAACAUCUACUUAAAAACAUAGGAAGUUACAUCUACUAGUAAUAUUAAAUUAGGUGUCAUCUUGUUGACCUCAUUUUUAAAAGUAUAUUCAACACUUAAUUUGUUACAGUACUAAAUAAGUACAUUCCUUUUUUCUCCAUAUGUCUUUACCACUUCCUUAAACAUGCUGGGAAAUCCUUUCACUUAAAUAAUGUCUACCUAACAUUCAUCAAUAUUGUGUAGCCUACUUAUUGCGUAGCAUGGCUAGACUGUAGCCUUCUUUCUGUGAUCUUACCCGCCUACUUCAGUUGCUAGGCCUACUUAAGUUUCGAGAGAACACGUUUCAUCACCUUGAUGUGGACGGUGCUCACUGCAUUAGCAUUUAUAUGUGUGAUAUGAAGUUGAGUUGUGAAUUAUGUGAUAGUGGACUAUUUGUUAUUUCAGAUAAAGUAGUUCUUAUUUGUGUGUGCAUUUUAUGUGAGAAGUGAAUCAAGUGUUUUGACAUUGGAUGAGUUGUUAUGGUGAAUUUAACUUUCGUUAUUUGAGAAUCAAUUGUCGGCAGCUGAUGUAAGUAGGGGCAUAUGGGCUUAUUUCCUAGAGACUUUCAUUUGUGUGCUUGCAUUUUUGUUUUACUAAAAUAACAAAUAUUAUCGUUUGGAAACACUCAGUAUAGUGUUAUUCUCUGUUUUUUAUAGACCUACUUGGGAUUGCAAUUAUGGAAAAGUACUCCAUGUGUCGCUAUUCACCAGCUAAAGCCAUAUCUCCCCAACCAAUAUCCUGCUGUAGGCUGUAAGGAAAGGGGGAGACUCAUUUGAAUACAGUGUAGGCUAGCGAAAGAACCCAUCACUUGGUAGAACAUAACACGUAUUGACCCAGUCGAUUUUUUCAUUUUUUCCAACUGAAAAUAUAUUGUUUGAUAACCAUACUAUUGGAAUAAACGUUGGUCACUGAAAAUGGAAUGCAAGGGAUUCUCGUUCUCUGCCUCAUUGCUCGGCCUGGCUUUGUUUCUUUUCCUGCUGCGCACCAGCUAUGGAGACGUGACCUAUUCUUUUCCGGAGGAGAUGAAACGCGGAUCUGUGAUCGGGAAUAUAGCCAAGGAUCUCGGCCUGGAUCCAAAAGGACUGUAUGUUCGUAAAGCUCGUCUAGAAAUGGAUGGUAGCAACACACUGUAUUGUGACAUUAACCUGAGCAAUGGCGACCUGAUUGUUGCUGAGAGAAUGGACAGGGAGCAGCUCUGUGGCAGAAGGGUUUUGUGUGUAUUGAAAUAUGAAAUGGUGCUCGAGAAUCCUUUAGAAUUACACCGCGUCGUUCUUCAGAUACAAGAUAUUAAUGACAAUUCACCACAAUUCGCGAACGAUCGCAUUACGUUUGAGAUCAGAGAAUCAGCCGUUAAAGGCGCUCGAUUUGCGGUCCAUCAGGCUCAUGAUGCAGAUAUAGGACUGAACGCUGUUCAAAGCUACACACUACAAAGGAACGACCAUUUUAGUCUAGCCGUUAAUACAAUACCUGGUGGGGGAAAGUAUGGGGAGUUAACGUUAGAAAAAGAGUUAGAUCGAGAACAACAGCAGGAGGUGACUUUAUUACUUACUGCUGUUGAUGGUGGGACUCCGCAGAGAUCUGGUACUGUAGUUAUACACGUCACUGUGCUGGAUGCUAAUGAUAAUGUCCCAGCAUUUAGCCAGAACGUCUAUAAGGUCAGAAUACCUGAAAAUGCACCCCUGGGUACUGUUGUAGUGACCGUGAGCGCCACAGACGUUGACGAGGGACAAAAUGGCGAAGUGGUGUAUAUAUUUGGUCCAAUUUCAGUUGAAUUGAAUGAAUUAUUUUCUCUUGACCCUAAAACGGGUGACAUUAGUUUAUCUGGACAGAUGGACUUCGAAAAGGAGUCCGUUUAUGAAAUUAGCAUACAGGCCCAGGAUAGCUUGGGGUUGACGUCCUUUGCCAACGUUGUCAUCGAGAUUACAGAUGUAAAUGACAAUGCCCCGGUAAUAUCUCUUAAAUCUUUGACCAAUCCCAUCCCUGAGAACGUGUUACCUGGCACAGAGGUGGGAAUCAUUAAUGUACAGGAUAAAGACUCGGAGGGAAAUAGACAGGUCCGAUGCUCCAUUCAACAAAAUGUUCCGUUUAAACUUAACCCUUCUAUUAAAAACUAUUAUUCUCUGGUCACAACAGUUGAACUAGAUCGUGAGAAAAUAUCAGAAUAUAACAUAACUAUCACUGCCACUGACGAGGGGACUCCGCCUUUAUCCUCAUCAAAGAUCAUUCAUUUAUCUGUGUCAGACGUGAAUGACAACCCACCUGUGUUUGAAGAACAAUCCUACAACGCCUACAUGACUGAAAAUAACAAGCCUGGCUUCUCUAUGUGUUCUGUUACUGCCAGAGACCCAGACUGGAGACAGAACGGCACGGUGGUCUAUUCUCUAUUGCCCAGUGAGAUUAAUGGUUUUCCGGUGUCCUCAUUUUUAUCAAUUAACGGAGACACCGGGGUGAUCCAUGCUGUGAGAGCAUUUGAUUAUGAGCAGUUUAGGAGCUUCAAAGUCCACGUUGUAGCCAGAGACAAUGGUUCUCCUCCACUCAGCAGUAACGUGACAGUGAGUAUCUUCAUAACAGAUGAGAAUGAUAACUCUCCCCAGAUAUUAUACCCUGCUCCAGCAAGGAACUCCUUGAUGACUGAGAUGGUCCCCAAAGCUGCUCUGGCGGGGUCCCUAGUUUCCAAGGUGAUAGCUGUGGAUGCUGACUCUGGACAGAACGCGUGGCUUUCAUAUCACAUCGUGAAAUCGUCUGAUCCUGGACUUUUCACUAUUGGUAUCCACGGUGGAGAGAUCCGGGCACAUCGGGACAUUUCUGAAUCGGACAGUAUGAAGCAGAACCUUGUUAUAUCAGUGAACGAUAACGGACAGCCCUCUCUGUCUACAACCUGUGAUGUAUAUUUACUCAUAUCAGAUAACUUGGCUGAUGUUCCAGAACUGAAAGACAUGGCUUACGAGGAUAGUUCCAAACUAACUUCCUAUUUGAUCAUUGGUCUGGUCUCUGUUUCCACCUUUUUCCUGACUUUCAUUAUUGUCAUCCUGGCCGUGAGGUUCUGCCGCAGUAGAAAGCCUAGAAUGUUGUUUGAUGGAGCAGUCGCCAUUCCCAGCGCGUAUUUCCCUCCCAACUAUGCAGAGGUGGAUGCAGCUGGAACUCUGCGCAGUUCUUACAAUUAUGACGCAUACCUGACAACGGGCUCACGCACCAGUGACUUCAAGUUUGUCAGAUCUUACAAUGACAGCACCCUGCCUGCUGAUGUUACACUGAAGAGGAGCCCAGAUAAUGUAUUAGAAGGGAGUAUCAUCACGCUCAACCCUGCAGGAGACUCUGAGGUAACCCAUGCCUUUAUUUAGCAUUUUAUGAGGAUGGUUUGUCCUACGUGGCUUUGAAACGAAAUAAUACUUAUUUCCUUCUUGGCAAUAGCAAACUUCCUAACGUGAAAGGCCCAACGCUAUGUUUUAAUUGCAGGUUGUAUAUUAAAGUUAGCUAAACAGCAUUAGUAUGCUCUUCUAGUGUGAGAGAGUAAGGCGCAACAUGAAGUCAUCUGAAGG